AUUAUUGUGCGGUAAAAAAUUAAAUGCUGCAGUGCAGCCGUCACUUCUUCUGGAGCCGGGCCCGAUUACAAUUAGUUAUUAACUGUACCCUGUUGCUGUAUAACCAGUGUAAAUGUCUAAAGGAUUAGGCCAAGUAAAAAAUAUGCAAGACGCCACCUUGACUAGCUGGUCAAACUAGUCUAACAGCAGGGAAGUGGCUGUCAGAAGGCACCGGACAAACCAAGAUGACAUUACAUGACGAUGCUCUCGAUUUUUUAAACCGAGUUAUGGAUAAAAUAACACUCACACCUCCAUCCAAAGCCGUUCAGAAGUUAAUCAUUGCCACAUUCAUGUUGAUAUCUUUUGUAUGUAUAUUUUUUGUCUACUACAAUCCAAACACAACCUUUUUCAAAUUCCCUGCUGUGGACGUCCAUACAAACAGCAGCUGCACAGAAACUUGCCUCGAUGUUUUGAAGACGCAGAACUACAAAUGCACUAUAAAAAACGCCUCAGACAAUCCAUCGACAACACCAGUGCCAAAUCCUGCACCGACUACUGCUAAAAAAGACGAUCAAGAAACCAUCCUGUUGAUCUGGGUGUAUCCUUUCGGAGCACGUUUUGACUUGGGAGUGUGUGGUUCGCAGUUCAACAUCCACGGCUGUCAUUUAACAGACGACAGAAGUAUGAUCCAGAAAGCGCAUGGAGUUAUGUUUCACCACAGAGAUCUGAGCGCGGAUUUGCCGCAACCCCCUCGACCAGCUUUCCAAAAGUGGAUAUGGUGGAAUAUGGAGUCUCCGAGUAAUUCCCAUCCAAACAGCUUGAUAAAUGAUGGGUUUAAUCUGACGUCAAGUUUCCGCAAGGAUUCAGAUAUUCCAGUGCCUUACGGUCGACUCAUUGAUGCCACGGACGAACAGAAAAACUUCACCAUCCCCAAAAAGGAUAAACUAGUUUGCUGGAUAGUAAGUAACUUUCAAGAACACCACAAACGUUCACAGUACUAUAAUGAGUUGGUGAAACACAUUAAAGUGGAGGCCUAUGGAGGGCACUUCAAUAACCGGGUUAAUGAUGAAGACUAUGGAAAUGUGGUGUCCAGUUGUAAAUUCUACCUGUCCUUUGAGAACUCCAUUCACAGAGACUAUUUCACUGAGAAGCUGUUCAAUCCUUUAGCGCUCGGUACGGUUCCUGUUGUACUUGGCCCUUCCAGAGAUAACUAUGAGGAGUUUAUACCAAGAGACGCCUUCAUCCAUGUGGAUGAUUUCCCAACUCCCAAGGAACUGGCGGAUCACCUUAAACUCUUGGACCAAAACGAGGAACAGUACAGACAGUAUUUCAGCUGGAGGAAACAUUUUAUUUCAAUGAGUUCAUCAUUUGGGCUUGAACAUGCCUGUAGGACUUGUGAUUAUCUUAAAAGGAAUAAGCACUAUAUAGCUAUUAAAGAUCUGAAAGGGUGGUUCUGGGGUUAAUGGGAUUGUUCACCCAUUAAUGAAUAUUCUGUUAUUAAUUAUUCAGUUCAUACCUAACUCCUAAGACCCUCGUUAGUGUUCAGAAAACAAAUGAAGAUAUUUUAGAUGAAAUCCUGGAGAUCUCUGACUCUCUCAAGGGUCUCGAAAAAAUGUCCAGAGAGGAACCAAAAAUAUUAUGAAAACUCCAUGUGACUAAUUUCAUGAAUCUACAAGAAUCCAACCAAAAUUAACCGAUGUAAAGACUUUAUUCACCAAUGUUUAUUCUGCGUGCUCUCAUGAACAUGUCUUGAAAUACGCAGAAGAAACUGUUCAACAAAAUCAUUUCAGUAUAUCAUUUCAACACAAUAAUUUUGGUACGUAAACUUACAAUCAAACCAAUAAUAUCAAAUGAAAAGCUUCUCGUAGUGUUCACACUGAAACUUUCAGGACCCUUUUUGUCUAUGGAGAGUGAGAGAGCUCCAGGAUUUCAUCUUAAAUUUCUUCAUUUGUGUUACGAACAUAAACAAAGCUCUCAGGGGGGUUUGAACGAUAUGAGGGUAAAUUAUUAAUGACAGAAUUUUCAUUUAUGGGUGAACUUACCCUUUAAGAGUUGGCAAUACUAGAGUGUCUGGAUGAAUACUUGGGUUUGAAAGCAUUGGUUUUCAGAGAAAUGAUCAGCUUUAUUGCCAAGUACUGUGAGUGUACACAAACAAGGUAUGUCUUGAUGUAUCAGUGCCUAACAAUGACAAUAAAAUGCACAAAUUAAGAUAAUUUUAAUGCCAAAUUUUGAAUAAAUUUAAUUGAAAAUACACAGAUACAUGUUGGCCAUGCAAAACCAAAAUAAGUUAAACUAAUAUUCUUGCGUAGGCUAGUUAAAGUUUGCAAAUACAUGCUUUAAAGUAGGGCUAGGUGAUUUAUAAAAGGCAAUGUCAUGCCCAUUUUAUCAGGAAAACUAGAGUUCUGGCCGUAGAGAAGCUUUGCUUCAAACACACUUCUUUCCACUUAUUUCUUUAUUUUUUCUCCAUAUUUAAUGAUAACAAUAUUUAUUUCAAUGUAAAUAGUUAAUGCUUCCAGAUUUAAAAGAGUAGACUAAUAACGACUGAAGUCACACAAAUUAGAGUGUCCUUUAAAGGGCACCUACCACUUUUUUUUUCUUUCCACUUAUUUCUAAUUGAUCUUCUUAUAUUAAAAAAUGGAUAAAUGAAAAUCCAUCAAAAUGUCAAAUAUCAAACAAAAUUCAUUCCAAAAUAAGCUUUCAACAAAACUGAAGGGGUCAAAAAUUAUGUCUGACCCACUUCUUUUCCUCUGUCCUACUGCGGGCCCAUUUACCAAGCCUUUAUGACGCUCACAGCCAACACAUUAAUGCAAGCACUUAAAUCUUCUGUUUAUACUGCAAUGCUAUGGAGGAUUUCCUGAGUUUCCUCUUUAUGGGUAUUUGGAGUUUUCACAAGAGAGCUCACUCUGGCCUUCAGAGGACAUUUGUAGUGAUCACAGAACAAUGCUUCCUGGUCAUGAUGUGCAUGACAGUCACAGCUUUGCUUUAUUGUAUUUGCGAUUUUAUUGUGGUUUAUAACCCAGCCCUACAUUGAAAACAUUAAAUGAAGGAUAAUUUCAAAUCCAGUCAACAUUCAGAAUAGCUAAUGCUGACAGCACAAAUGAAGGCAACUUUCAGUUGAACUAAUAAAUACAAAUCCAGCCAAUAAAAUACUUUUUAAAGCUGGAGUCAGGAAGUCAAGAAGAGAUAAAUCUGUGAAAGGGGUUACUAAAUAAUCCCUUAAAGCUGCUUGAAUUUUUGUUACACAAUGAAAAUGUAUAAAUGUACAUCUCUUAACUGUAUAAAGCAGUUAUGUGUAUUAUUAUAUGUUUAUUUUAUACAUGCUUAUGCUAUUUUGGUAUUUUUAAGUUUUAAAGGCUAUUUUUGAGGGCUCACUGAGAAACAUCAGUAAGGGAGUAAGAGAGAAUUCAAGAAAAAUAUUGUUUUUUUAUUAAAUUAUCAUUAAUUAUUUACUUAUUAUAAAUUAUAUUAUUAUUUAUUUAAUAUUGUAAUUUUAUAGUUGAAUUCAGCUAAUAUUGCUCAAUUAAAUAAUGUUUAAGAUGAAGGUCCAGUGAAGCAUUUGUCAUACUCAAUUAUACUUAAAUUAUUUUCAUUAGGUGGGUCAGGAUGCCACAAGCAUAACUCAAGAUUUUGUCAUGAAUGAACCUAUUUAUUGCCAUUUGUGGUGUUUAAUCUCUGUAUUUUAACACAUAAAUACUGAUAUUUUGGUAUGGUGACACAAAAGUUGUUAGGUUAACGUGUUGCACUUAUUAUAGGUUUGUUAUGAACAGUAUUAUGCAGUUAAAUUAAAAUGUCUUUAUACUGUAUGUAACCUAAUAAAGAAGGUUUUGUUAACUUA